AUGGCUCUCGAAAUAGUCUCUCUCGAACACCUGCCAAACUCGCACAAGGUCUACGUUGCCCUGUUUCGUGACGUACAGAACUCGGCCUUUUUGCAUCAGCAGCUGCUUGCUCGGAACCCCCAGUUCGAGUACGCCUUCAUCGAUGCCUCAGUGGUUGUCUCACGGCUUCAAUUAUUAUCCGCUGUGUUUAAGGCUACGUCGACGGCUGUGAAUGGCGCUCUCAGGACUCCAAACGUUCACUCCGAGAUUGUCUGUGCAAUGAGUUCUUCUAAUAACAUUGCUGAUGCUUACCGUCGAUAUGGCAUCUCUCCUUCUACCAAAGACCUCAUCGUUGUCAAGGUCACAUUCCCUGGAGAAGAUGGUGCUGAGCCCUUGACACAUGACCAGAUCUGGGAGCAUCUCAAGACCAAUGUUGAGGGGGAGGCUUUACCCAUCACAGAUGACCAAAUCUCCUCCACCACUGACGUACCAAAGGUGCGCAAGUACUACAAGCUGAACGGACUCAAGUGGUUGGACGAUAUCAAAGAUGAAAAGGUCAAGCAGAAGGAGAUGGAGUCACUCGUCAUCGGCGCAAUGGCUCUAAGGGGUGUCUGA